AUGAAUAUUGAAAAACUGUGUAGUAUUGAAAAGAGUACACCUCUUGAUGAUCACAAAAAACGAUCACAAAUUGCUGGCAUGUUUCAAAAGUUAAUUAAAGAAGAGAGUCAUGUCCGAGAAUUAGAACAAUUCAAUGGCUUUGAACAUUUGAAACAACUCGCCAUGAGUGAAGAUUCACUCACUCGUAAAAGAGCGUUUGCUACAUUGUGUAACAUUUCAGCACUUGAAACAUGUUCUGAAGUGAUGAGAAAACAUCAUUGUAUUCAAAUCUUGUGUGAAAGAUUGGAUCCCAAGUUAGCUGAAGAUAUUUCUGUGUUAGAAAAUAUUACAAGUACCUUGUUAAAUACUUUUAUUGAUGCCAAAAAUAGAGAAUGGCUCAAAGAAUGUGAAAAUUCUUCACAAUAUUUAACAUUCAUGAUUCAAACACUGGAAGAAAUGAUGAAGAGUGGUGUUAUGGAUGAACAAUAUAAUUCCACAAUUUACAAUUUAUUGAUUGCAUUCAGUUCCAUUGCAUUGGAAGAAACAUUGAGUGAAAAAAUUAUGCAAUUAGGAGGAGUGACAUUUUUAUGUCAAGUAAUUACUAAAUUGAAAACAGAGAGAGAGGAUUAUCCUGAAGAGAUUAUUGAAGGUAUCACUGCAUCUUUGUGGAAUUUAUUAUUAAUUGAUUCUAUUAAGAAGUUUGUCAUGAAAGGUUGUGAAAAGAAGAUUGAUACAAAACAAUUAAUUGAAAAGUUAAUUGAAUUAUCAAAUUCUAAAUAUGCCAAUGUGAAGAGAAAUACCUCUCACAUUAUUCAAAUUCUCAGUUCCAAUACCAGUGCUGAAGAGAAUGAGAUUCCUCCAACGACAGGAACUACUACCAUUUCCAACAAGGAUACAUUCAGAUCUGAUUCCAUCAAGUCGUCCUCAUCCUCUUCGUCAUCCUCUUCGUCCUCAUCCUCUCAACAACAAACAAAUUUUGAAAAUUUAUUUGAAAGUUCUGAAAUGAUUCAAAAAUUGAUUUCUGAUGUGAAACAAUCUGCAUCCUCUUCAAAAAUCAUGGAUCAUGAACAAAUCAAAACUUCGAGUGGUAUUUUGUGGAAUAUGGCUGGUUCAAGUGCUCAAGCAAGACUUAAAAUUAGACAAUUGGAUGGAAUUCAAGUAUUGGUUAAUGUCUUGUUAGUCUCUCUCAAAUUAUUGAGUCAAACUCAAAAAUUAAUCACAUCCUCACCACCCACAGCACUCAAAGAAGUCAUUUACAAAUUAACAGGAGCAUUGGCUUCUCUCUCACUCGAUGAAGAAAAUGCUCUUGAAAUUGGUUCAUCCAAUUCACAAGUCAUUCCAUCUCUAUUGAAUUCUUUUCAAAUACUCAAUACUGGACAAGCUCAAAAUUUUUCACUUUUAGAAAAUAUAAAACAAAUUCAUGAAUUGAAAGGUAUUCCAACCAUGAUUAAAUUCCUUAAAACAGCAGAUACAGCCCAAGAUGAAUUGAAAUUAGUUGAGAAGGCCACCAAUGUCUUGACCAAUAUGGCCAUUGAUGAUGAAUCUUCGAAUAGUAUUCGUGAAGAGGGUGGAAUUGAAGAAUUAGUCUCAUUGGUGUCUUUGGAAAUUUCACCUUCACAAGAACAAGUCAAUCACGUGAAAAAGAAGGCCGCUCAUACUCUUUGGAAUUUAAUGAUUCAAGAUGAAAAUUUGAAAAAAAUUGAACAAGUUGGAGGUUUGAAACCAUUGGUUCAUUUAUUACCUCAAACCAAUUUGGAAGAUUUAGUAGAGAGUCAAUUGAGAAGAAAAGAAGCAGAAGAGGAUGAUGCUCUUUCCUAUAGUAGUAGUAGUAGUGAGGAUGAAGAUGAACAUGUAGAUCAGUCCUCUAAAACAUUACAUGAUUCGGAUCAUUCCACUUCAUCACCUGAAGAUGAAGAAGUCAUGGCCUUGGAGAGAAAUCAUCAAUUCAAAACAACAACAAGAAGAAAAACACUCUUUUGA